AUGUUUGCCGAUGCCAAGUACUUCCAUUCCAUCGCUUGUUGUGCAAGUCAGUGUGAUGAUGGCCUUGCACGGGCAAUUGCCUACUGUGGCAAUGACAUUCUGAUGGCUGACUACUGUGAGGCCGCCGACGACAAGACCCUGGCACUCUGCCAGAGAUUGAGUGGCGCCUCAAUGGCCUUCCUCAAACUUUGCAACCUAGCUGGUAUCGUCUCGGACUGGCAACUGGGCAACAUGGCUGCUGGUAUAGUCCUCUUCCGUGUACUUGGAUAA